GCGGCGGCGACGGCGACAUGGAGAGCGGGGCCUACGGGGCGGCCAAGGCCGGCGGCUCCUUCGACCUGCGGCGCUUCCUGACGCAGCCGCAGGUGGUGACGCGCGUCGUGUGCCUGGUCUUUGCUCUGAUUGUGUUCUCCUGCAUUUUCGGCGAGGGCUACACCAACACCCACCACUCCAUUCAGAAAUACUGCAUUUUCAACCACAACGAGGACGCGUGUGGCUAUGGAAGUGCCAUCGGGGUGCUAGCCUUCCUGGGCUCUGCCGCCUUCCUAGUGGUUGACGCCUACUUCCCCCAGAUCAGCAACGCCACAGACCGCAAAUACCUGGUCGUCAGCGACCUGCUCUUCUCAGCUCUCUGGACCUUCCUGUGGUUUGUUGGUUUCUGCUUCCUUACCAACCAGUGGGCGGCCACCAAGGUGGAAGACGUGUUCGUGGGGGCCGACUCGGCCCGGGCGGCCAUCACCUUCAGCUUCUUCUCCAUCUUCUCCUGGGGUGCGCUGGCCUCCCUGGCCUACCAGCGCUACAAGGCGGGAGUGGACGACUUCAUCCAGAACUACGUAGACCCCACUCCUGACCCCAGCACGGCCUAUGCCUCCUACCCCGGUGCGUCUGUAGACAACUACCAACAGCCGCCCUUCACCCAGAAUGCCGAGACCACUGAGGGCUACCAGCCGCCCCCUGUGUACUGAGCUGCAGCUGGGGAUGGUAAGGGAGGCAGAGAGGGUGUCGGGGGCCUCUCCCUCCUGGACUCCUCCCACGAGCCUUGCCUCGCCUCCCGGGGCUGUGGCCCCUCACCCUGUCGGGUGCCUGGGGUGCCUGUCCGAGGAGCCGCCGCGCAGCCUGGAGCCCCAGCCUCCCGGCCCGGCUGGCUUCAGCCUCCGCCCGCCGGGCUUCAGCCACCACUCCUCAAGGGCAUUUUUUAGAAAAGGUUUUUAGCCAGAUGUGUUUUGUCAUUGCUUUUAAUAAUCCCCAACCCAACGCUACCCGAAGUAGCUAGAAGUGCCCGACCUGCUGUUUUGACAAGUGCCUUAGCUUCUCCCCAGCCCAAGGGAGCCGGGCCCAGGUCCAGACUGUGGUGGCCGCAGUUACUUGGGCUUCUGUGCCAAAGAUGAGCCUUGGAGCCUUCCCUGGGCUCGCCUGCUGGUGCUGGGCCCGGGCGCCCUCUCCCGCUCACUCAGGUUUGGUUCCCACCUCCCGGCGCCGUGGUGCCCGCAGCCCCUGCGUGCGCCAGAAGCUGGCAGCCCUGUGCUUGCUGCUGUCACGUCUGCUCGCUCUCGGAUCGAGGGUCCCUGCUCUGCCAGGGCUUCCGGGCGGGUGGCCUGACAGCCUCGGGGCUGGGCGCUGGGCGGACACCCGCCGCGGGGUGGGGGUGGGGGGACACGGGGCUGCACUCCCUUCUCCUCGUUCCCACCCCUUGGCAACAGGGAAGGGCUUUGCCUGACCGGAGGAAACACCCAGCUUUAUGUAAAUAUUCGGCCACUGUCAGGUGUGGGGUGCGCCCACAGCCCCGGGCUGUCCUGAAUGUAUUAUAAAGGCUCCGGGGGAAGAUGCACAGAUCCGUGGUUCUAGUAGACUGCUUCCAAGACAGAAUAAAUGUUUUUCUUGUUCAUAA